AGCGGGCGCGUUGCGCCUUUAAGGAGUCAAGCCUAUCGCCGAGAGCUGGGAGUGCGCAGGUGCGGGGUCCUAAGAACGGAGGGCGGUGAUCCGGCUGCUGGACCCGGGCUUCUGAGGUCAGUCAGAAUCUCAUUUUCAGCUCCUGCCAAAGCCGGUAACGUUGCGAAAGAGUCUGCUCUUUGAAGAGUGCCAACCAUCCUUAAAGAGCAGGAUGGAUCUCGAUGUAGUUAACAUGUUUGUGAUUGCGGGUGGAACCCUGGCCAUUCCAAUCCUGGCAUUCGUUGCUUCUUUUCUCCUGUGGCCUUCAGCACUGAUAAGAAUCUAUUAUUGGUACUGGCGGAGGACACUGGGUAUGCAAGUCCGCUAUGUGCACCAUGAGGACUAUCAGUUCUGUUACUCCUUCCGGGGCAGGCCAGGACCCAAACCAUCCAUCCUUAUGCUCCAUGGGUUCUCUGCACACAAGGAUAUGUGGCUCAGCGUGGUCAAGUUCCUUCCAAAGAACCUGCACUUGGUCUGCGUGGACAUGCCUGGUCAUGAAGGUACUACCCGCUCCUCCCUGGAUGACCUGUCCAUAGAUGGGCAAGUUAAGAGGGUACACCAGUUUGUAGAAUGCCUUAAGCUGAACAAAAAGCCCUUUCACCUCAUAGGCACCUCCAUGGGUGGCCACGUGGCUGGAGUAUAUGCCGCUUACUACCCGUCUGAUAUCUGCAGCCUGUGUCUGGUGUGCCCUGCUGGCCUGCAGUAUUCAACCGACAAUCAGUUUGUACAACGGCUCAAAGAGCUGCAGGAUUCAGCUGCCAUUCAGAAAAUUCCCUUGAUCCCAUCCACCCCAGAAGAGAUGAGUGAGAUGCUCCAGCUCUGUUCCUAUGUCCGAUUCAAGGUGCCCCAGCAGAUCCUUCAAGGCCUUGUUGAUGUUCGCAUCCCUCAUAACAGCUUCUACCGGAAACUGUUUUUGGAAAUUGUCAGUGAGAAAUCCAGAUACUCUCUGCAUCAGAACAUGGACAAGAUCAAGGUCCCCACACAGAUCAUUUGGGGGAAACAAGACCAGGUGCUUGAUGUGUCUGGGGCAGACAUUUUGGCCAAGUCUAUUGCUAACUGCCAGGUAGAGCUUCUGGAAAACUGUGGCCACUCAGUGGUGAUGGAGAGACCCAGGAAGACAGCCAAGCUCAUUGUCGAUUUUUUAGCUUCUGUGCAUAGCACAGACAACAACAAGAAGCUGAACUGAGGCCCUUGCUACAGCCUGCAUUGUUCACACAGCAUCUGCUCCCAUCCCCAAAACUUGACACAGUUUCUACUCUCAGGAAUCCUGCCCUAAAUGCCAUUGGCAUACCAGUGUCCCUGAGGAAGCCAGUCUCCUAUCCCAGUAUUCUUGGUUCCACAGAGCAUCAGGGGCCACAAGGAAAUCUCCAAGAUCUUUUUUCAAAAUAAGAACCUAAAUGCAACUAAAUAAGAAAAAGAAAAAAAUACCCAGCCAUGAAGCCUUCUAGAAGUCUUCAAGUUCGUGUCACUGAUAAGCCAGUGCUAAGCAGCCACCUUGGACCAGGAUCAUCAAGGAUAUUUUCUUUAAGACAUUCCUCACACAUUAAACUUGAGGUAUUUUUUUGUUGUUUCAGAUGUAUCCCUUGCAUGAUCAAUGGCUUCUUCUAUAGGAGCUUUAGUCGUUUGUUGAACUCUUAUUUAGAUCUAAUUCAAGUUUUGCAUAGAGGCCCAUGUGUGAAUGCAACCCCUUAUCCACAAGACCAGGGAAGAAACAGCACACUGCGGAAGAGGUUUCUACCCCUAGGCCUGACGCACAGACCUGGAGUCUCAGCCGCUUGGCAGGCUGAGGCAGGAGGAUCCAAGAUCAAGGCUUGCCUGAGGUACAGAGUGAGUUC